CCAAAUCAUACUGUUUGAAGAAAACGGGAAAACUAGUAAGGAAGAAGAAAACGUAUUUGGAAAUGUAUAUUUUGCAUAUAUGGUGAAAGAUAAAAGAAAGAUUGGAGAACAUGUCAGCUGACAGAGCAGAAUCAUUACGCUUUUAUAAUUAUUUACGCAAUAAGAUUGGCACUGAGAAGAUUGUGAAAGCGAGGCGAUUAGCAUUUAUAAUAAAUGAUGCUGGAGCUCAAUCCGAUUUUCCACAAAUAGGCAGCGGAAGUAGAGGCGAGGGUCUCGAUUUAAAAGGUAGCGAUAUUGAUUUAAUGUACAUUGAUUCUUACUUCAUAGUUCAUGAAUCCGAAAAAGAUGUCGUAAAGGGAAGGAAGGUUCCUUUGGUAAUGGAUACAUUGGACACACAACCAUGUUUUACCCGCCUACGGGUGUUUAAUGAAAAAGCUAUUCCUAAGUCUUUGAAGCGUAUUGUGGAAGGAAAUGGCCUUCAAAAGUUUCUCUCAAACGAUAUAUAUAAACGACAUCAGCUUAAUUUGUUAUCAGCAAACUCCCCUCCACUGAUAAACAUUCACGGUCCAUGCUUAUCAGAUGACAAAGAAGACUUUGAUUUUGCAUUUUGCCUUAAAUGUGACAAGUGGAUAUCCCAUGCACAGCCAUGGAUUAACAGGUCCCGCACAACUUGGCCUUCUUCUGAGCUUACCUCAAAAAUAUUAGCGUGUGGUGUUUUAUUUGUGCCGAUUGGCUACAAAGGUUCAAUAAAUGAAGAUAUUGAAUGGCGCAUAUCAUUUUCAGUAGCCGAAAAAAUGCUGAUAUUUUCUUUUAACCACACGCAUUUACUUGUUUAUUCUUUGUUGAAAAUAUUCCUGAAAGAUAUUGUAGAUAAAAAUGGAGAUUUUAAAGGUUUGUUAUGUUCAUAUUUCCUAAAGACGCUGAUGUUUUGGAUGUUAGAAGAAUCCGAACCAUCUACUUGGAGACCUGACAAUAUUAUACCAUGCUUUAUGAACUGCUUAUACAGAUUAAUAUAUUGUAUAGAAUACUCUACUUUAUUGCAUUAUUUUAUUCCUGAAAAUAAUUUGCUUUAUUUGCGAUUCAAUUUCAACAACCGAAUUAAGCUGAUCGAGUUCCUUCAAAAUGCAUUCAAAGCAGGGAUUGCGUGUUUUUCAUCUUCAGAAUAUUUAUGUAGUUAUUUUACGCCUUCAUUUGAAACAAAAGAAUUUACUGAACAAACUAGAUUAGUACAAGAUCUUAUACAUUUUAUGGCUUGUGGCCUUGGAAUAUAUUAUUGUGAAAACACAUAUAUACUGCUAAAAAGCUUGUUACAUUAUUCUAGAACCAGUUUAUCAAAAGACAUUUUCAUUUUGAUUAUGUCACUUGCACACCAGAUUAGACCGCAGACAAAAUAUUUCCCGUACAAACCAAACAACAAAAGAUUGUACUUCAAAUACAGAUGUGAUCUCGGCCAUCUGUUGGUUGGUGUAAAUUCAGAUGCAGUUUCGGGAUGGCUGAUGAUUGCAACAUUAUUUCAAACUUAUAAAAGACACGGAAUAGCAUUAAGAAUUUUGAAUUAUGUAUUGUCAAAAUGCAAUGACGAACAUAUCUAUAUUCCUCCGAAGCGUUCACUUGUAAUUUUUAAUGAAACCCAUCAAUCCAUGCUAGAUUCGAUGAAACAAGAAAAGAUCAUCACAAUUUUGAAGGCAGUGACAAGCAGUGAUCUUCACUUUUACCUUAGAUCGUCGAUUAUUCCUACAGAAUUACAACUGGAUGUAAUCAAAUAUGUUACUCCUUUUCCACACUUAUCAUAUGCUUAUUUCCUCAAGUUCCUAUGCUUUUUUCAUCUCAAUGACCUCCCAAAGUGCAAAGAUUCUAUAAACCAGAUACGUUUGGCAAUAUACCGGACCGUGAAUAGUGAUAAUGGUGUGUUUCUACAUCUUUUGAAAUCAUUGGUUUGUUAUGGAGUUGCUUAUCAAAUGAUAGGAGAAUUGGAUUUCUCUAGACAUGUUUUUCAGAUGGUAGCUAAUAUUGAUAGGGAACAUAAAACCAGUGCUUUAUUACGACUGUCACAUUUGAGUGCACUCUGAUUGAGCAUUCCGAUAGAAAUCUAUCGCCAUAUACAAAUUAUAAAGCAUGGCAGAAUACUCGUGGAUAAUAGCCGCUAGCAAACUCAAUAUUAUGAUUUGAGUAGCCGCCGCCGCCACACCGAACACGUUUGAGUUGUGACUUGUGUAUAAUCACAACCAACAAAUGUGUUACAAUACGCGACUGAAUAAUUCGGAGUUGUGACUCAAGUAUUAUCACAACCAACAAAUGUGUUACAAUACUCGACUAAAUAAUUUGGAGUUAUGCCUCACGUACUAUCAUCACUAACAAAUGUGUUACAAUAUGCGACUGAAUAAUUCGGAGUUGUGACUUACGUAUAAUCAUCACAAACAAAUGUGUUACAACACGCGACUGAAUAAUUUGGAGUUGUGACUCACGUACUAUUAUCACUAACAAAUGUUUUACAAUAUGCGACUGAAUAAUUUGGAGUUGUGACUUACGCAUUAUAGCCGCAUACAGUCACAUGUGUUACAGAAGGUAGCAAAUAAAACUACUGCAAUUGUAAUACCGUAUGAAUUGGAAGUAGAUCACAUUAAAUAAGUAAAAAUAAGUUGGAAUAUUGAAAGAAACAUUAAAAGAAACAAAAAUGCAAAGAAAAAGGAGGUUCAGCAGAGGCGGGUGAACGGCUUUUUAAAGAGGGGCGCAAUUCCCAACAAUGAAUAUAUUUUGGAAGAUUUUAUGCCAAAAAAAACAAAUAUUUUUUCUAAUCAGAGGAGUGCGAGAGCACGCCCUCUUUUACAAUCCCCCCCCCCCCCCCAAACCCCCCAACCCCAACCCAACCCAACCCAAACUGAAUCCGAAAUUGGUUCAUGCCCAUGUGCAAAGUUCCCAUUAAAAUACACUAUUUUAAAAGGGAAAACCCGAUUAAUGGAUGGGUUUGUGCAAAUAAUACGUUGCGAUAAAAUGUUUUGUACUAGAGCAAAUCUUUAAGUAUGUACUUAUUAUUACACAACGCAAUAAAUAUAUUCACUGGUUCUUAUGGAUAUAAGGCAAAAUGAACAAUACAAACAUUAUAUUAUCUUACAGCCUGUCCUCUGGAUGGGGCGGUCUGCCACUAUUAAACAGUGCGGGCUGGUACAGUCUGUCCUCCGAGUGAGUCUGUCACUACCUUUAGAAUAUUGGUCCUUAAUGCUCUUCAACUUCUUACUUUAAUUUACCGUUUAUUUUUUUUUUUAUUCGAGCGCCACUGAUGAGUCUUUUGAAGACAAAAAGAGCGUCUGGGGUACAAAAUUAUAAGCCUGGUAAGUUUUUUUUUUAUGUCAGAUCAAUUUGUACCCAAAACAAAGUGUUCUCACAAUAAUCUAGCUCUUACGCAACUUAUAUCUAACAUUGUUGAUUCACUGGUCUUCUUUUUAAGAACAUUGGCAGAACUCAAAUGUUUUUUCUCUUUCGCUUACAUAUCCCUGGUCAGAUACAUUAUUUCCUGGAUAGGGGUGUUAAUUAAAUGUUCCCCUUACUAAACAUAGAGUAUCCCUUUCGAAACCGCUAUAACCUUCGACCCGACCACUAACUUUCCCGCCAAACGUCGUAAGUUACAUAACACCUUCGCCAGCGUGAAACAUGUAUUGCUACAAGAAGAUUCUUCGUAUUUGUAACUAUAACGAUCAACAAACAUUACAAUAAUCUUCCUCUUAAAACUAUGAUCUUAUGGGAACAGCAAUAAGUCUUCAUGCAGAGACAUUCAGUAAAUCAUUCUAAUUAAUUUUAUUUUUACUGCUCAGUAUAGAAUAUUACAUAUCGUUUAUGGUAUUGCUAAUGCACACGGCCUUCCAUAACACACAUGGUUUCAGGUAUUAUUAAUACAUCAGGCCUUUCAUAACACAAUUAGUUUCAGGAAAUGAUAAUGCACAUGACCUUCUGGCUUCGAUAACACAGUUUAAUGUAUUGAUAAUGCACAAGGCCUUCCAUAACACAUAUGGUUUCAGUUAUUCCUAAUGGGUAAGGCCUUUCAUAACACUCAGUUUCAGGAAUGGAUAAUGUACAAGACCUUUCUUAGCACACCUACAGGUAUUGCUAAUACACAAGGUACAAAUUCAUCAAUAUGACAGUUGUUUUCCAUUCAUUUGAUGUGUUUGAGCUUUUGAUAUUGCCAUUUGAUAAAGGACUUUCCGUUUUGAAUUUUCCUUGGAGUUCGGUAUUUUUGUUAUUUUACUUUUAUCAUAACACUGCUGAUGCACGAGAACUUCAUAACACAUAGUUUCAGCUUUUGCUAAUGCAUAAUGAUUUUCAGAACACACAUAUGUUCCAAUUGUAACUACAAUCCCAUUCCCUUUUCCUAGAAUGUGACCUACCAAAUUAGAUAAUACCUGGGCGUGUACUUACAUGACAACAUGACGGGUCCCACAUGUGGAACACUUGAGAUCACCAACGGUUUUUGUUGGGGUUCAUGAUGCUCAGUCUUUAGUUUUUUAUGUUAUGUUUUGUAUACUGUUGUUUGUCUUUUGGUCUUUUUCGUUUUUGCCAUGGCAUUGUCAGUUUAUUUUCGAUUAAUGAGUUUGAAUGUCUCUUUGGUAUCUUUCGUCUUUCUUUAUAUUUAGGUAUGGUGUGGACAAAAAAGAACAUUAAAAUAGCACUAUUGAUGAUAAUUGCAUUAACUGCAGGUCUUUAGAAGGAUAAACACUUUUUCAGUAGAUGAAAUGAGCUAAAUGUGAAUCAAUGAUAGCAAGUCCCCUAAUUUGCACAAAUUUUUCGUGUAAAUUGCAAUUUCAUAUCUCAACCAAAUAACCUUCCCUUGUUACAUGUUUCACCAGUUAUGUUUUAUUCUUAGAAACAGAAGAAAUUACCAAAUAAAGAUACAUCUAAUAAGGUUUAUCAAUUAUCCUUGUAGGACAUGGGACCAACAAAUAGACUUGAAACUAAGAUCUUUAAUGUCUUCAAAAAUUAAUCUAAAAAGGUUGUUUUGGGGGCAUUUUGUAAGUUGAAACAUAGGUAUACUAUUAUUAUAAUUAAUUGGUUAUUGAUUUUGAAAACAAUUAUCAUGGUUAUAUGACAAUGAAGUUUAAAUUUGAAGAGUAUUUAAUUCAAUCUUAAUUUAAUAUUUUACAGAAAAGGGCAUUGACUAUAUGUACUUUUUCAACAUAAACAAAUUAAAAAAAACUUCUUUUAUUGAAAUGGGGAUUCAUUCUUAAUUGUAAAAAUACACUUCCUGUAUUCAAAUGACUAAUAUUGUCAAAAGACAUUUGAUGGGGAAUAAAUCAAAUAAAAUGCUUCAUGUAGCGCAGCCUGAUAUAACCGCAGAGGUCGAACCCUGAACAGUUGGUACAAGUUUGGACACAAUAUUCAAGCUUGAUAAUGUCUGAAUUUGGACUGUGAUCAAAUUUUUAACAUAAUAUAGGUUUCAUACACAAAAUAAAUGUGGUCAAAGAUCUUGAAAAUUUUAAAUGGGACAUUUAAUUUACCUAGUAUGGUCUGAUAUCCAAAAUCUAACAACAUGGUUAGAUUCAGCAUAUCAAAAAACACCAAAAAUUUAAUUUUAGUUGAAAUCAAACAAAGUUUAAUUUUGGACCCUUCAAACCUUAAUAUAGACUAAUUUGAAAACAGGGCCCAAAAUAAAAAAAUCUAAAUGCACAAUAAGAUUCAGCAUAUCAUAGGGCCGCAAUAAUUCAGUUUUUGAUGAAAUCAAACAAAGUUUAAUUUUUGACCCUUUGGACCUCAAUUUAAAAAUGGGGCCAAAUAUCCAAAAUAGUAAUACAAGUUUAGAACCCCCAAAAAUUAAAGACUUAAAAAAUCUCCCCCAAACUUUUAGACCCCCCACCCCCAAUUUUUUUUAAAAUUUUGAAGAUUAUUUUCUUUUCAGCAAAAAUGUACAAUUUCAAAGAGUUCCAUAAAUUUUAACACAAGUUAUUGUCUGGAUACUAAGCUAAUUUCUAAACAUUUGGGGAAAUUACCCCCAAACUCAAUCCCAGCCUUCCCUUUGUGGUAUGGAACCUUGUAGUACAAUUUCAGAGAGAUCCAUACACUUAAACACAAGUAAUUCAUUGUCUGCAAACUAGAAAAAUGCUUGUUUUUUGGCUCCUUUUUUGCCCCUAAUUCCUGAACGUUUAAGGCAAUUACCCUAAAACUCAAUCCCAGCCUUCCCUUUGUGAUAUGGAACCUUGUACAAUUUCAGAGAGAUACAUACACUUACACACAAGGUACUGUCUGGAAACUACAAAAAUGCUUGUUUUUGGCCCCUUUUUGGCCCCUAAUUCCUAAACUGUUAGUAUCAUAACCCCCAAAAACAAUCCCAACCUUCCUUUUGUGGUAUUGAACCUUCUGGUAAAAUUUCAUAGAGAUCCAUUCACUUAAACUAAAGUUAUUAUCCGGAAACCAAAAGUGUCUUCAGAUGACGACGACAUGAUAGCAUUAUACAAACGCAAAUUUUUUGCGGUCGUAUAAAAAAUAUCGGAUUACUUAGGUUAAGAGUAUUGAAAUUUUACUUACGGUUUCAAGCCAAUCACUGAUAAGUGUAACCUAAAUUAUUGAUUAAUUACAGAUGAGGAUUGCACAGAUUUAUCAAGUAAAAUAUAGACCUUACUUGAAUACCUUUUUUAUAUCUAGAUUUCAUAUUUUGUCUUUUCUUUUGAAAAAAAUAUAUCUUGCUAAUCCUUAAUCAUUUAUCUUUCAGACAUAAUUUAUAGAAUCACUUUAUGUAGUGUAGAUGAAAAGUUUUAAUCAGCAAUGAAUAAAUCUAUCAUUUCUAUAUACAUGUAUAUACAUUUGUGUAUUCAAUAAUGAGGUCAAGUAUUUGUGUAUUGAGAUGUAUAAUGAAGGGUCUGUUUAAUUAUGUAAGACUGAGGAUGAUUAGUAAUUUGGUUAAUAUGAUUGGCAUUAAAGGAGGUGGGACAUUGUAAUUAGGCCCCACCUUGUCUCUGAUUGUUUAGUGAGCAUGACAGUUGUCAAUCAAACAGGUAUUGUAUCAUUACUCUUACCUAAUUAAAAUGAAAAAAAGCCUUACAUACUUCAAUGACUUGCUCCAAAGAUAUAACACAAGCUUUUCACUGUUCAUAUGUGCACAGACAUGAGAACUAUAUAGAACUAUAUUUUAGUGUGUAUACAUUUUGUAAAUUUAGUAGCUAACCUGUGUUACAUUUUGUACUUCUUGUUUGGGAGGCCGGUGCCUUAGGAAAGAUAGUUCCAAGUUUGGGAGGCCGGUGCCUUAGGAAAGAUAGUUCCAAUCAUUCCAAAAAUGAGGACAUCAAUAUAUCAAAGUUUCAUAGAAACUCACUUUUUCCAUAGUUUCUUUACAAUUCUAAAAUUUACCAACUUUCUAUUUUAGUAAUUGUGUUGAUAGCAGUAAGGUUCAUCAACUACUAUUCUUAACAGAAUAGUGCCAUUUACUCAGUUUGAUAGCAAUGGAAUUUUACAAUAUUUUCCAAACUUUAUUAUGGAACAUUUUUGCCAAAUUUCAGCAGUGUUUAAUAACAUUAACAGUUGGAAUCAUAAACCAUAAUUGUUUAAGAGUAAAAACAUGCUGUUUAGACAAAGUUUUGUGGCAAUUAACAUCAAUUAGACAUGCUUUAUUAUAACUUGAUCAAUGAAUUUGAUUAUUGAUUUUGGUUAUCAAAAUUUCUUUUUUCUGUAAAUUUGGAAGCCAUACCUGAUGGUAGAAGGGGUCAUCAACCAGAACUCUUAGAUAACACCAAUCAUUUAUCUAAAAUUUGAUUUCAGUUUUCAAACCUAUGAAACAGCUAGACAAAUUACCAAGUGUUAAUUGAAAAUGGAAACAUGUAUUGCAAGCAUCUUUCAACAAUACAUCGCUGUAAUAUAGCCAUUUUGUGCUGAAGCGGCAUAAGAAAACAUCAAUUAAUCAUUCAAAAAUACAUUUUUCUAUUCUCAAAAUUGAAGCAAAUUGCUGUCUCUGUCCUGUAUUGCAUAUAAGCCUGAAUAUAUUUCAAUGUAAAAAUAAAACUAAAGGUGUAUCAAAAUAAUGUUUAUUAACAAAAAGGCAAAACAUUAAAAAAAAAAGAUCAUAUAAAAUAGCAUACCAUUAUAUGGUAUGUAUGACUUGUUGAAAGUCUUAAUAUAACAAAAUCAUCUAAAUAUCUUUCAUACAGUUGAGGAUAUCAUUUUACAUGGGGUUUUUACUUUUGUAACUUUCACAACUUAAGUGGUGCAAACUGUAGUGCUUCAGGUAUAUAUAUUGACAAUACUGUCAUCCAGCAAGAAAUCUUACUUUUCCUUCAUCAGCACUUUAGAAAAAUGUGAACUGUGUCGGAUAGAAAUCGACCUUAUGCAAAUGAAUAUCAAUACAUCUGUUAACUUAUUUCGGGCUGAAAAAAUCUAUAUGCAGUCUUAAACUGUUCGAAAAUUGAGCUGUUAUAAGAACCCUACAAAACAGACCAAAGUUCAUCUUUUAUUUCGUAUUUGAAUGUUCCAAAAUCGAUGAAAGUCUUAUACAUGUACAUGUAUACAUGCACUUGCAUAAGGUCGGUUUCUAUCCAAUGCAGCUCAUGUGUUGAUUCACUACACCUAAAACAUGCUUGAACUUUUAAAUUGUAUAUCAAAAUAUAUAUAAUUUUAUGAAUGGUGUGUGUCCAAAGCACUUUUUGAAAUAAUACAAGAGGAUGAAUUUUUUUUUUUUUGAGGGGGGGUUCAGAAAAGUAAACUUGUGUACUUAAAUUAUGUAUAAUGGACAUUAUCAUGUGUUGACUACUGUGUGAUUUCUAAUUGGAAACAAACAUUUCUAAAUAUUAAUCAAUUACUCAUACCUUGUAUGUUAUGUAUUUAAUUAAUAAAUUUCUUAAUAUGCAUUUGUUUA